CUUACAUCUGAGAUUAUACUAGUACUAGAGCUCAUAAGCAUAAGUACCUAGUGCUCUUGUUGCAGAGACAACAGAAGCCAUGAGCUAUUACGGAAGCAGCUCUUCUGGUGGCAGGGGUGGCCGCCGAGUCGAGUAUGGGAGGAGCUAUGUGGUGAGGCCAAAGGGACGUCACCUAGCCACCAUUGUGUGGCUCCACGGCCUAGGUGACAAUGGUGCAAGCUGGUCCCAGCUUCUGGAUUCUCUUCCUUUGCCCAACAUCAAGUGGAUAUGCCCCACCGCAGCAACCCGGCCUGUCGCUGCUUUUGGCGGAUUCCCCUGCACUGCAUGGUUUGACGUGGACGACACUUCGGUGGAUGGUCGUGAUGACAUAGAGGGCUUGGAUGCUUCAGCUGCACACAUAGCAAACCUACUGUCGUCUGAGCCGUCUGAUGUGAAGCUCGGGAUCGGUGGCUUCAGCAUGGGUGCAGCCGCGGCGUUGCACUCGGCAGCAUGCUAUGCUCACGGCAAAUUCAGCAGCGGCAUCCCCUACCCAAUCACGCUCAGCGCAGUCAUCAGCUUGAGCGGCUGGCUCCCUUGCUCAAGGUGGACCCUGAGGGGCAAGAUCGAGAGCUCACACAUGGCAGCUAGAAGAGCCCUCUCCCUGCCCAUCCUGCUCUGCCAUGGAAGAGCGGAUGAGGUCGUGUCCUACAGGAACGGUGAGCGGUCGACCGAGUAUCUGCGGUCAUCAGGGUUCUCAUACGUGACCUUCAAGUCCUACAACGGGUUGGGGCACUACACUAUCCCCGAAGAAAUGGACGAUGUCUGCAAGUGGCUCAGCUCAAGGCUCGGCGUUGACCGAUCUCGCUAAAUGGAACAGCCUCAGUUGUGCUGGCGAUGGCUUUGCCAAUAGCAUAUACUCCUAGCAAUGAGUGUAAAACUAUAGAGGGAUGAAUGCAGGCUUAAUUGGUAGCUUGUAACACUACGUGCCAUGGUGUAGUAUUGGUGCUGUUCAACUGGUAAGAAGUGAGUACAUCGGAAGAAUAUGUAAUGUAGUGCUUGUUUUGUAAUGCUGUAAUAACGCAACUGAGACAGGAUGUCCGUA